AUGGCUGGUACAAUCCACGUCACCCAUCGUCUCUCAUUCCCAAAGAAUGUGAGCAACAUUUUGGAGUGCUCCUUGAACUCCGCUUUGGUCUUGUUGCAGUCAUCCUCCAACGUUGUUUACAUCAUCAACUCGAAGACAAUGGAGGAAGUUGCUUGGAUCGAUAGCCACAAGAGCCAAGUCACUUCUGCUUGCUGGAACAACGAAGACGUGUUUGUCUCAUACGAGGACGGCGUUGUCAUACUCUUUAACACGCAGACGAAAACAUCGAUAUUACAUGUCAUCUGCCCCCAUCCGCUCCACUUCCUUUGCUCGAACGGUAAAGAUAUCUUUGGUGCCUCGUACACCUCAAACAACCAGUCUGUUGUUUACACAGUCAAGAAGUCGUUAUUGACACAACUCUUCAAAAUCUCUGGCUUGGUCACUUCCAUGAUUUAUGUCAACGAGUGUAUUAUGGUGUCUUCAAAGGGAACCUUAUAUUUGUACAACUUAUCAGGAAAGCUUUUGAAGAAAGAAAGCAUUUCCACAUCACCGCUUUCUCUUUCAGUCCAGUGCUGCAGCUUCAAGCGCAGAUACGCACAUCCAUAUAGUGAGAUCAAACAGGUCAACGUCGUUUCGGCUCUUUCGACAACAGGAGACGUUUAUUUCCUUCAGGUCGUUGGGAAGAACAAAUUGCAGUUCAUGAAGAAAUACACGCUCUUCAUGAAUUGUUACGAUUCCAUCGCAGUCGACCCUUAUUCGUCGUCUUGGGAUAACAUCAACUUCUGCAUCGCAACCAAAGAAUUCUGUUUCAACUGCACCACUGCGUCUUUUGAGAAGAAUGAGCUGAUCCCUUUCACGUAUCCUCCUGUCAUUUCCCUCUGCCACACAACCAAGGGAAAACUUUUCCUCUCUUCUCACAGAGGUGAAGUUGCAGUUUACGAGUGGGCUGAUGUGUAA